AUGGUGAUGCUAUCGGGCAUCGGGGCCAGGAAGCCGCCUCCCUUCCUCUCGUCCUCCUCAUUCUCCUCCUCGUCGUCCUCCAAGCGCUCCCGCGCCAUCCGGCGCCUCCCGUCACUGCCCAGGCCGCCUGUCGCGCCGCCGGCGCCGCACCCUGCCGGGAGGAGGAGGAGGAAGAAGGCGCCCGCCCGGCUGUGGAUGAGGAUGGAUCGGUGGGGCCGGUGCGAGGUGUUCAUGAGCGACAGGGCCUUCGUCGCGGAACGCUCCGGGGUGCACGCGCGCGACCUCCGCGUUGUCGGGCCCCUUCUCUCCCGCUGUCCCAGCAUCCUCGCUCGAGAGAAGGCGAUGGUAAUCAAUCUAGAGUUCAUAAGAGCUAUUGUAACUGCUGAUGAAGUCCUGCUGCUGGAACCUCUUGCUCAGGAGGUUAUUCCUUUCAUCGAUAAAUUGAGGCGGCAUUUUCCAUUGAAGAGCGUGGAGGUUGAUGUUGGUGCCACACAAGUGGGUAAUGUGGAUGGCAAGCAUGCUAAAACUGAUGCAGAGUGUGAGCUCCCCUUUGAGUUUCAGGUGCUGGAGCUCGCCCUAGAAGCUGUAUGCUUGUCAUUUCAUUCCAGCCUAUCUGAUCUUAAUAGGCAUGCCAUUUGGGUGUUGGAUGAGUUGGCUAAGAAUGUGAGCACUAGCAAUCUCGAGCGUGUUCGAAGCCUGAAAAGCAAUCUAACCGCUCUGCUCGCUGGUGUGCACAAGGUCAGAGAUGAAGUAGAGCAUCUUUUGGAUCAUAAUGAAAAUAUGGCACAACUACACCUAUCAAGGAAGCAAAUAAAAAGUCCGCAGGAUGAAGCUCUACUGGUUUCUUCUGCUUUAAAUUGCAAAUUUCCUUCAAAAACUAACAUGGAUACACGAAAUUCUGUUAUUAACCAAGCCACGGGCAUUGCUGUGGUUGCGCCAUUGGACGACGAUGUAGGAGACCUAGAGAUGUUACUUGAAUCUUAUUUCAUGCAGCUGGAUGGAAUUCGCAACAGAAUUAUGAUGGUCCGAGGAUAUAUCGUUGACACAGAAGACUACAUCAACAUCCAACUUGACAACCAACGCAAUGGACUUAUUCAGCUCCAUCUCAUACUGAUUAUUGUAUCCUUUGGCAUAUCCAUGAACACAUUGAUAGCUGCAUCGUUUGCCAUAAACGUGCCUAACAAUGGGGACUAUAAGAAGUUUGUGGGUCCCUUUUGGCCAUUUGUUGGGGGCACAUCAUCUUUCUGCUUGUUGGUCAUCGUUGUUUUGUUGGGAUAUGCAUGGAGGAACAGGCUACUCGGCAGUUGA